CUCCGGAAACACGUGAUUAACGUGAAGAGGAAAAACAGUUCCAGCACAUGUGUUGGAAAUACCUGCUACAGGCAGAGAAUAAGCUGGAAACCAGCGUGUUUCUCCUGCGGGGUUAAAAUCCGCUGGUUUCUGUAGGGACUUUGGUGCAGCCUGCGGAGGAGACAUGGACGACACGAACGUUAUCAAGCUGCCGGUGGCCGACCACAAGAAAACGGCUACGAAGAGAAACAGACCUCCGAGGUUAGACUCGGAGGAAGAGGAGCAAUUGCGACAGCAGAACCGGAAGAGGGUGGCGGUUCUGGGAGAAGAGGACGACUCUGUAAAGCGGCUGGAGACGCUGGUGUUCGGGGCAGAGGAGGAGCUGCUGGAGAGGCUGGUGGAGGAGGAUGUUGAGGAGCAGAACAGAGGACUGCUGCUGGAGGAUGGGGAUGAAGACGCUGAUGACUCUGAGGAGGAGGAAGGGCCUCGUCAGCAGCUGCAGUCCAGGAAAGCUGCCUGGCUGGACGAAGAUGAUGAGCUGGAGGAAGAGGUGGACAUGAGGCACCGUUACCGUAGAAACCUGAUGAAAGGAGAAGCAGAGUCCGUCAUGUCCAAACAGAAACUGCAGCAGAGGAUGAAGGAGCAGUUUCAGAAGUCAAUGGGAGGAACUCCAUCAUGGGCUCAGACUAACGUUCAUAAGAAGAAGAAGAAAGCUCAUGAUGAGGAGGAGGAUGAAGAUGAGGACGACCUGCUAAGGCGGACGGGAAACUUUGUGGCGUCUUCAGAAAGUCUUCCCAGCGGCAUCCUAAAGAUGAAGAAGUGUCUUCACGCUAACAGCGCCCGUCCCUCAGAGGACAAACUGACCACAGUGCAGUUCCACCCCUCGGCUCAGGUCGUCAUGACGGCAGGGAUCGACCAGUCUGUUUCCCUCUUCCAGGUCGACGGUAAGACCAAUCCAAAAAUCCAGAGCAUCCACCUAGAGCGGUUCCCGGUCCACAAGGCCCAGUUUAGCCAGGACGGAGAGACUGUGAUUGCCACCAGUCUAAGGAACAAGAUGUUCUACCUGUAUGACAUGAUGGAGGGCCGAGUGGUUCCGGUCCAAUCCGUCAGGGGCCUGAAUGAAGCCAGAGUGAAGGAGUUCUCUGUAUGUCCUGAUGGGGGCGCUCUUCUGCUGACGGGGACCAACGGAUACCUGCACCUUCUAACACUGAAGACCAAUGAGGUCGUCUGCAGCAUGAAGAUUAACGGCGAUGUCAGCGGCGUCGCCUUUUCUCGCGAUGGCAGCAAAGUCUUUGUAAACUCAGAGGAAGGUGAGGUGUACGUGUGGGACAUGCGCAGCAGUCGAUGCCUCCACAGGUUUACAGAUGAUGGCUGCGUGAAGGGGACAUCCAUCGCUGCCUCGCUGAAUGGCCGUUACCUGGCCUGCGGUUCUCAGGCAGGCGUGGUCAACAUCUACUCCCAGGAGGCGUGUCUGAAUUCAUCCAAUCCGAAGCCUCUUAGAGCAGUGAUGAACUUGCUCACCUCAGCCACAUCUCUGAGGUUCAACCCAACCUCUGAGAUCCUUGCCAUCGCCUCGCGGGUGGAAGACGAGGCCGUGCGGCUGGUCCACCUGUCCAGCCUCACCGUGUUCUCCAACUUCCCCGUUGCUAAGAGGAAGGUUGCUUAUCGAGCCAGCUGCCUGGACUUCUCCCCACACAGCGGCUUCUUCUCACUGGCCAACAACAAAGGCCACGCCCCUUUGUUCAGGUUGCUGCAUUAUAAAGACUUCUGAAAAAAUCACAGUCAGAAACAGGACCUGUGGGAAUUCUUGCAGAACGUCUGGAUGAACCAUCAGAAGGAGCAGAACUGGACUCAAUGACCCCUCAACAUCUGAAAUCUGUUCAGAGUUUGGAUCAGUUGAACCAACAAGAGACAGAAGUCUUGUGAUUAGGUUUUAUGUUUGUAUGAUGUGACUUUAUAAAAGGCUUUAUGACAACCAA